GUCAGUUUCAUUGAUGUUUCUUGAAGAUAUAAAAAUCCCAGUCGGAUGAAAGUCACAAAACACACAGCCGCACGAACGUACCCAAAAGGUGCCCCUUGUAACGGAAAACCCAUACUCUGUUCGCUGCGUCCUUUCCAACACGCAAUCCGAGCCUGCCACGCUGCCCUUUCUAUCCAUUUCGUAAUGAAUGAGCCGGGUCGCAGCACCAUGGAGAUAAGCCGUUGCUCUUCUCGUUUGGAGCAACGGAACCUAUCCAUUCGAUCGACCCACUGGCCCAAAAGUGUCCGCCGGGCUGCGCCUAUAAAUUCUCAUGCACGGCCGAUCAUGGCAAUCCACACCACAGCUCAAACAGAAGAUCGUUAGCAAGAGCCAGAGAGUAGCAAAUGGGGAAGCACUCGGCCAGCCUCUUGCUCUUCGUGUUGCUUUGCCUGGGAUCCUGCUUGGCCCAAGCACAGAUCCUCUUCCAGGGGUUUAACUGGGAGUCGUGGAAGAAGCAAGGUGGGUGGUACAACUUUCUGGAAGGACACGUGAGCGACAUCGCCGCGUCUGGUGCCACGCAUGUCUGGCUCCCGCCGCCGUCGCACUCUGUGGCGCCGCAGGGGUACAUGCCUGGCCGGCUCUACGACCUCAACUCCUCCAAGUACGGCACGGCAGCGGAGCUCAAGUCCCUCAUCGCCGCUUUCAACGCCAAGGGCGUCCAGUGCGUGGCUGACAUCGUCAUCAACCACCGGUGCGCCGACUACAAGGACAGCCGCGGCAUCUACUGCGUCUUCGAGGGCGGCACGCCCGACACCCGCCUCGACUGGGGCCCCGACAUGGUCUGCAGCGAUGACACACAGUACUCCAACGGCCGCGGCCACCGUGAAACGGGCGCGGGCUUUGCUGCCGCCCCGGACAUCGACCACCUCAACGCGCGCGUCCAGCAGGAGCUCUCUGACUGGCUCAACUGGCUCAAGUCUGACCUCGGCUUCGCCGGAUGGCGCCUCGACUUCGCCAAGGGGUACUCGGCCGACGUCGCCAAGGUGUACGUGGACAACACCAAGCCGACCUUCGUGGUGGCGGAGAUAUGGAGCAAUCUGCGCUAUGACGGCAACGGCGAGCCGUCGCGCAACCAGGACGUGGACAGGCAGGAGCUGGUGAACUGGGCGCAGACCGUGGGCGGGCCGGCCUCGGCGUUUGACUUCACCACCAAGGGCGAGCUGCAGGCGGCGGUGCAGGGCGAACUGUGGCGGAUGAAGGACGGCAGCGGCAAGGCUCCCGGGAUGAUCGGGUGGAUGCCGGAGAGGGCCGUCACCUUCGUCGACAACCACGACACUGGCUCCACCCAGAACUCAUGGCCCUUCCCCUCUGACAAGGUUAUGCAGGGUUACGUCUACAUUCUAACCCACCCAGGAGUUCCAUGCAUUUUCUACGACCACGUCUUCGACUGGAACCUGAAGCAGGAGAUCAGCGCACUGGCUGCGGUCAGGUCGAGAAACGGGAUUCAUCCGGGAAGCAAGCUGAACAUCCUCGCCGCCGAGGGAGAUUUGUAUGUGGCGAUGGUUGAUGACAAAGUUAUCAUGAAGAUCGGGUCACGGUACGAUCUCCGGAACUUGAUCCCGUCGGACUUCCAUGCCGUCGCGCAUGGGAACAACUACUGCGUCUGGGAGAAGAGUGGCCUGAGAGUGCCAGCGGGGCGGCAUCACUAGCUACCUAGGCCGGCCUCUCAUCACUUUUCUUUUUUCAGGACUAUUUUAUGCCUGGAACAAGGAAACCAAAUGAGACUAAAUAAGGGGAAUACGAUUGUACUAUUAAGCUUUUUUUUUCCUUUUAGCAAAAUUCAUCGAUUUGCAA